AUGAGUGGCGGAGUCGGUAUACUACUUGGUACUGGAACAGGCACAUUUUUAAGCCAAACAACGUAUACGAUUGGACAAGAUCCAAAUGCAGGAACAUCCGCUGAUUUCAAUGGCGAUGGCAAGAUCGAUUUAGCUUUCCCUUUGUCAAACGACAACCAUACCUGUAUCCUACUUGGCACUGGAACGGGCACAUUCUCAACACAAACAAAAUAUCAGACUGGAAAUAGCGGAUGGUUUACAAUAGCCGUUGAUUUCAAUGGCGAUGCCAAGAUUGAUUUAGCUGUGGCUAAUCUCGACGACAACACUGUGAGUAUACUACUUGGCACUGGAACGGGCACAUUUUUAAACCAAACAAUAUAUGCGACUGGGUCUCAACCAAUCUCGCUAACUUCCGCUGAUUUCAAUAGCGAUACGAAGGUUGAUUUUUGA